AUGUUUAGUGUUGAAGAUUUUAAAAAUACAGCGAUACAAUAUUUCCAAGUAAAUGGCAAAGUUUUAAUGAUUUCACAAAAUUUUGGAGAUAAAUUAAAUAUAGAACCAAAAAUUUCAGAUUUAGGCCUAUCUAGACAAAUAAAUGAAUCAUCCAUAAAUAGGGGAAUAUAUGGCGUGGAACCUUAUAUAGCGCCUGAGGUAUUAUCGGGAAAACAACAUACAAGAGCAUCGGAUAUAUAUAGUUUGGGCGUAAUUAUGACGGAAAUUUCAACGGGAAAACCGCCCUUUAAUAACUUUCUUAGUGCAAUAAAUGGAGUAAGACCAGAAUUUGCACUUGGAACACCGGAUUGCUAUGUUCAGCUUGCAAAUCAGUGUAUGGAUGGUAAUCCAUUAAAGCGGCCAACUGCUAAAGAGGUUUACAAGAAAGUUCAAGAAUGGAAAAUAAUUUUGAACAAAGAAACAGAAGAAUUGGAUCAAG